GGUCCCCUGGCGCCAUGUAUCCCUGCAACCUGGGCACCUGGAUGCACGCCCAGGGUGACACCUACCAGGUGGUGGUUGACGUCAGCCAAUUUGAGCCUCCUGACAUCGUGGUGACCACCUCCAACUGCCAUGUCACCAUCCAGGCUGAGAAGGUGGCUGAGGAUGGCACCAUCUGCGACACCUUCACCCACAAGUGCCAGCUGCCCGAGGACACAGACCCGCUGUCGGUGAGCUGUGCCCUCACUGAGGCUGGCACGCUGGUCAUCACUGCCCAGCGCCGGGCCGGUGCCCGCCCUGGUGAGGCCCCACAGACAUUGUACCGCAGCGAGGCCACACUGUGA